AUUUUAUUUUGUUUUAUUUUAUCUUCAUCCGCUCAUCUCUUUAUCUCUCUAUCUCUCUAUAUUUUUUAUUUAGCUAUACCAGCUUUGCCUGUAUUAUCAUUAUUUCCUUUGAUCUUUACAAGUAACCAAGAUAACCUUUUAUUUUUAUUUUUUGUUGAUCGACACUAUUAUAUUAUGCCCAUCACGACUCUUUUGCGUCGUGUGCUCAAUCGGAGCGACACCGAGCCCAACCCACAACAAGACACAUCUGGCGCCACUCCCGCACUGCCGCUUCUUCCCGAGGGUACGCCGACUCCGACUAUCGCAGGCAUCCACAACGACAAUGCUUUGGCCUUUGUCGCCUCGCGCGGUAACAUUGACGAACAACCGCUGCCGCAGACUGACUUUUCCGACACAUCGUCCAUGGACCGCAAGCUGCCUCUCGAUGAGGAAGCCGGCAGCAUGUCGGUCGGCGAGAAGGACGCCGUCGAUGACUUGACCAGGCUGGAGGACCAGAUCACCCAGACCCAGACCCAGCAUGUUCCCGAGCGAAACGCCGGAUUCAUGCGCUCGUUUUCUGGCGUCGUUUGCAUCAUCAUCGGAACCGGCUGUCUGCAGAUCCCCUAUGCCUUUGCCAAGACUGGAUGGUUCGGCAUUUUCAUUCUAUUUUUGUCGGCAACCAUCGGCAGCUACACUGGUAUUUUGACCAUCCGAUGCCUGUACUUCCGCAGCGGCCACCGCCUGCACUCAUUCCCGCAGAUCGGCUACGAGGCAUUUGGCAAGUACGGCAUGUUUAUCACGCAGUUCUUCAACUAUCUGUAUUCCUUGGGCGCAACCUGUCUGUACAUUAUUAUCUCGGGCCAGUUCAUCUACCAGCUGGUCUCCACGCUGGGCGUCAACCUGUCGCAGAAGGUAUGGAUGGUCAUUGUCGCCAUUGUCAUGUGGAUCCCCGUUGCCCUCAUCAAGGAGAUGUCUGAGGCUGCCAUCAUGGCCAUUUUCGGUCUGCUCACCUCGGUGGUCGUCAUCGUCAUUGCCUCGGUCAUGGCCAUCACCAACCCGUACUCAAAGAUGAACCCCACCGAGCCCCCCGUCAUCCAUGACAACGUCAUCGGCCUGGGAGUCCCUGUGGCCCUGUCGUCGAUUGUCUUUUCGUUUUCGGGAUCUGUCGUCUACCCUCAUGUCGAGGCCGCAAUGAAGAAGCCUAAGCAAUGGCCUAUGGUCAUCAUGGUUGCCAUGGGAUUCUGCGCUUUUGCUUACCUGCUGAUCGGUGUCGCUGGCUACUGGGCGUACGGCAACCAGGUCGUCUCCCCCGUCCUCGAUUCUAUCCCUACCGGCGGAGCCGCCACUGCGUCGAAAAUUCUGAUUACUCUGCACGUCAUAAUUGCUGCACCCAUUAUGCUGCUUAGCUUCUACCUUGAGAUCGAGAACCAGUGGGGCAUUAACGCCGAGCGUCUGGGCAAGAAGCGCGAGUUCACCAUCCGCCUGGCAUACCGCAGCUUGGUUGUCGGUAUCAUUUGCGGCAUCUCCUUGGCCAUCCCGUACUUUGCUGACUUCCUUAGCCUCAUCAGCUCCAUCUCUUGCGUCACGAUGUUUGCUAUCCUGCCUAUCAUCUGCUACUUGAAGCUCUACGGCCACAAGAUUGCUCCCUGGUAUGAGAAAAUCUGGAUGGCUAUUGUGCUUAUCAUUGGCCUCAUUGCUUCUAUUUGGGGAAUCAUCGAUGCUGUCAAGGCCCUUAUUAAGGAUUCUCAUGCCACGACCAGCUAAAAAAAAUCCUGUCUAUAACGCUGCUAUUUUGCUCUGUCUGCGAAAACCCAUUUUCUUUAUUUUCUAUAUUACUUUUUUCUGUAUUUUGCCUAGAUCAUUCUCUUUUUUCAAUAUCA